CGUAAAUAAGUCAAAAAUGGCAGAACAAACACCAACCCAAGCUCCACCGGCAUCCACCACGCGCAAACGCAUCCUCCUCAAUGGCUUCGAUAUGUUCACAGUAGGCCAUCUCUCCUUCGGACAAUGGAAGCACCCCGCCGACCGCGCAGCGACGAAGCGGCGAGACCUGAACUACUGGACCGACCUGGCAAGGAUCCUGGAAAAGGGCGACUUCAACGCACUGUUCCUGGCGGACUCGUUCGGGCUGCAUGAAACAUACCAGGGCGGACCAGAUACCGCGAUUCUGAAUGCGACGCAGUUUCCGAUGGGGGAUCCCAGUAUCCCGAUUACGGCGAUGGCCGCUGUGACGAAGAACCUAGGGUUCGCGAUAACCACAUCGACCUCGUACGAGGCGCCCUAUGUAGUUGCGAAACGGUUCUCGACUCUGGAUCAUUUGACUGGCGGCCGGUUUGGGUGGAAUAUUGUUACCUCGUGGAAGGCUUCUGCGGCCAAGGCAGUCGGGCUCCCUCUCGUCGAGCACGACAAGCGGUAUGAGAUUGCUGAUGAGUACUUGCGUGUUUUAUACAAAUUAUGGGAAGGAAGCUGGUCCGACUCAGCGCUCAAAGAAGACACCCAAACUGGCGUCUACACCGACCCCAGCAGUCUCAAAUUCGUGCACCACCACGGGGAGAACUUCCACGUCGACGGCCCUCACAUCCUCGAUCCAUCGCCGCAGCGCACGCCGUUCCUCUUCCAGGCCGGCACUUCGCCAGCAGGGAUCGCAUUCGGUUCAAAGCACGCAGAAGGCGUGUUUGUGUCCGCGCCAUCUCCACAUAUCCUUGCGCCCCGGAUUAAGAUUAUUCGUGAAGAGGCGAAGAAGGCUGGCCGUGAUCCACAGUCAAUUAAGGUUUUUGGGAUAUUCACGCCGAUUCUGGGGCGUACGCAGGAAGAGGCUGAAGAGAGGUAUCAGGAGGCGUUGAGCCUUGCGAGUCCUGAGGCUGGGUUGGCGUUUUAUUCGUCGAAUAUUGGUAUCGACCUGAGUAAAUUCGGUCUCGACGAGGAAAUCAAGGCAUCUGAUGUUCAUGUUGACGCUCGGGUACACUCGUCUAUCAACACGCUGUCCUACCACGGUGCAGACGUACCCAAAUGGACACCGCGGAAUAUUGGCAAGCUGAUUUCCAUCGGUGGUAAUGGGCCUCUUGCUGUUGGGAUGGCGGACAGAGUCGCUGAUAUCAUGGAGGAGUGGAUCCGUGUUGCGGAUUUGGAUGGGUUCAAUAUUGGGUACGUCUGGACACCUGGGACAUUUGAGGAUGUCGUUGAACUUUUGGUUCCUGAGCUGAGGAGGAGAGGUGUGUAUGCUCCCAAGGGCGAGAGUGGAACGAUGAGAGAGAGGGUUUAUGGCGCUGGGCAGAGCAGGGUGAGGGAUGAUCAUCCGGCGGCGCAGUAUCGGUAUGAGGUUUAUGACGGGAAUUAGAUGGAAGAAUGUAAGAAUUACAUGUAAACGCCAGCGGAGAAAAUAAAUAAGGUGAU